AUGUCAGGUCAGCAAUCCAAAACUGCUGCUGCACAGGCAGCCGCCGCGGCGUACGCCAAAGUUACCAUGUUACAGAAGAUAGUCACCUUACAACAUAUACAUUCGUUGUUCUUAGCUUCAAACUCGGGAGCCGUGGGAACCAAACCAGAUUAUGUUUCAUUCAACAUCUUGCACUUGCAAGCACUUAUAAACAACAACCCUCUGAUAAAUCCUGAGUUUGACUUGUUGAAUAUCAGUACCAGUCAUAGUAUUACCAAAUCGAAGAAGCCUGCUGGAGCCAAACCAACUCUCAGCCCAGUUCAGAUCGUUCAGGUAAUUGCGGAUUGUCUUUCGCUGGAUCCCAUCAUGCCCGAGGAUCCUGUGAUCUCUCAAGUGCCUAAAACGACAAUUUUCAAACUCUCAACCAGGAUACAGAUUGCGAUGGUGAAGGACAGACUGAUCAAGAUUUUGAAUAGUUAUAAGAACUCAGCGUUGCAUGAGAUAUCGUCUCUGGAAAAAGUUUUCAAGAAGCGCAAAGACGAGAUGGAAAUGAUUGAACAGGGAAAGGUAAAUGAUGACCUUUUGAUCAAGGAGUUCAAUAAGACGCAGCCGAAUACUACCGAUAAAUUCGAGAACAAGGAAAAGGCUGAGGCGAAGAUCGAUUCGGAACCCAUUGAAGAGAUUACUGUGAAGGACGAGGUUGCGAAGACGAGCGAGAAGAAGAAUAUUCAGGAGGAGGAGGAGAAGGAGGAAACAACCCAAGAUACUGCAGACCGGGCUGGUGAGGAAGACAAAUCAGCAUCAGCUGUCGAAGAAGCUCCCUCGGCGUCUCCGAUGGAUGUUGAUGAGAAGGAGUCCGAACCGGAAGAAGAUCACGAGGAUGAGUCAAAUAGAGGAAUAAAAAGAAGCAGAGAUGACAACGAACAGUCUGAGGUCUCCAAGAGGCGACACAGAUCGGAAACCCCAACAGCCCCACCAACCAACAAAAAGUUCCAGACCAUUGCAACCCAACUGAUCACGCAAAUUUCUUCAAACAGAUUUGCCUCCAUGUUUCUACAACCGGUGAGUGAAUCCGAUGAACCAGAGUAUUACGUGCUCAUCAAGAACCCUCAGGACCUGAAGAAGAUCCAGAAGGACGUUAAGCGUGGGGAGAUCAACACCUUCCAGGAACUGGAAUAUAGACUCCAGGUGAUGUUCACGAAUGCUGUCAUGUACAACAAGUUUCACAGUGAAACAUACAACUGGACUAUAGAGAUGAUGGAGGAGACUGCAAACCUAAUCAAGCUGUUCAAGGAUAGUUUGUAA